UACAUCAGUUGAAGUUGAUACUGUGAACGUCAUGAAACUGUUUCUGCUUUUUGCUUUCUGCAUCCUGGCGGCUAGCGCCACCGAGGAUAGAGUUAAUGGUGAGAACGGCUGGUAUGUGCCACAGGUCGAUGGCACAUUCGAGUGGGUGGAUAUGGACAGCGCCGAGAACUACUUGGCCGCUCAUACUGAGAAGGAGCGCGGCAUGCUGAACCCUGUCACCUUCCUGCUGUACACCAAGUCCAAUCCCAACUCGCCCCAGGAGAUCAAGCCCAACUCUGGCAGCAUUUCCGGCUCUCGCUUCAACCCCAACAACCCCACCCGUUUCACCAUCCACGGCUGGACCUCCAGCGCUGAUGACUUCGUCAACUACGGUGUGCGCAACGCUUGGUUCAGCCACGGCGACAUGAACAUGAUCACCGUCGACUGGGGCCGUGCCCGUUCCGUUGACUACGCCAGCUCUGUGCUCGCUGUUUCCGGCGUUGGUGAGCAGGUCGCCAACAUGAUCAACAUGCUGCGCUCCAACCACGGCCUGAACUUGGCCAACACCAUGAUCAUUGGCCACAGCCUGGGCGCUCACGUGUCCGGUUUCGCCGGCAAGAACGUAAAGAACGGUCAAGUCAGCGCCAUCAUUGGUCUGGACCCUGCCCUGCCUCUGUUCAGCUACGACAAGCCCAACAGCCGCCUGAACUCCGGUGAUGCUGCCUAUGUUGAGUCCAUCCAGACCAACGGUGGCAAGCUUGGUUUCCUCAAGCCCAUCGGCAAGGGCGCCUUCUACCCCAACGGCGGUCAGAAGCAACCUGGCUGCGGUCUUGAUGCCACCGGCUCCUGCUCUCACAGCCGCUCCGUCGAGUACUACGCCGAGGCUGUCUCCCGCAACGAUUUCCCCACCAUGCGUUGUGGCAACUACGAGUCCGCUGUGGACAAGAGCUGCGGCAGCACCUACAGCAGCGUGCGCAUGGGUGCCACCACCAAUGCCUACAUGGUUUCCGGCGACUACUACGUGCCAGUGCGUAGCGCUUCUCCUUUCGGCAUGGGCGCCUAGACUGAUCAGUUUAACUUGAAAUAAACUUAAAUUUGCGAAACAAAAAAA